GCCAGUCUGUAGCCACAGGAGAAUCUCACCUCUGCUACUUGGACUCUGCUUUCAACAUCUAUCUAUCAGUCAGCACCAGGGGCAUUUUAAAUAGAUAGCUGCUGUAUUGAUCCCUGUCUGUAGGACCAGGUGUAUUGUGUAGUAGCUGUGACGGUGACCCAGCCUGGGCUCUCAGGACUGGUUUGUGCCGAAGGCUGAAAACUAGGAAGUGUGAGGAUGGGGGUGUGGAUCAGAAAAGUGGUCUUCUCUCUGCUGAUGCUACAGCUGGCCACGACUGUCACAGCACAAGGCAUUGGUGAGUACCUCAACCUAUCACCUAUCAAUACCCCUCUUUGACCUAUCAAAAUGCUCUUAAAGUAGCACACCAGUAACCUUUAUUUGUUGUAAUACCUUAUCAAUAUACUCAAUCUGUACCUUCUUAAUCUAUGCAAUCUGUAACUUCUAAAUCUACACCAAAUCUGAAUCUCUAACCUUGCUUCUCUGCUGAAUCUGUCAUUUCUCCCUUAGUCAUUAAAUCAUGCAUUCUGCAGUGAUUUUCUGAUUACGAUGAAGUAUAAUGAUAUAUUUAGCAGGGGCUCUGUUAAAAUUAUUGCCUUUAAUGGGUUUGGGUUUAAUGCAUUGUGUUGUGGAAAAGGCUGCAUACUUACACAUCUAUCGAUAGGGUGACCCAAAUAAGCCUGCUCUGGGAAAGUAGAAUGACACUGAUUGGCUUUAGGAAAGUAUUUGAGCAAUAACUUAAUUUCUCUGGAAUCCAUACACAUCAAUUUUUCCAUACAAACACACAUUUCUUUGUAUUAUUCCAGAAUUUGGGUCAUGGCUGAAGCAGCAGUGGAUUUGUUCCAGCGGAAAGAGUUCACUGCUGGCCCUUUGGUCAAUCUGCCACUUCAUAAAACAGUGGCACCACACACACACACACAUGCACAGUCUACCACUUCAUAAAGCCCUGACACUCAGCAGGAGCAGUUCUACAGCUCGUCAGUGAUUGCCACAGGCAUGAAGUCACACACUUACUAAACUCACUAAUAACAGUCACACAUGCAUGCACACAGGCACAAACACAUGACUUCUGAAUAAAUGUUGCCUCUGUGUUGUCUGUGUUUCCUGUGUUAGUGUACGACCUGCUGGUGUCUCCAGACUGCCUGCCUGACCUGACGCAGGGAGGGCUGAAGAAUAAAGGUCUGGAUGAGGCCUUCCUCCUCUCCUCCUUCAGGCUCCACAGCAAAUCCCCCUCUCAUCUCUACAGCAUCAUCAACCCCAGGGACAACAGCAAGUACCUGGAAUUCACCCUGCAGGCCAAACUCAACAAGGGUAAACACUGCCAUGCUGCCUGUCUCAAUUUACAAACAUGAUCAUACAUCUAAAUCAAAUCUCUCUCUUUUCCUCCUUCUCUCCCUUCCUCUUUAAAUAUCAUUCCUAUGCAACUAACUGAACUUUCCCUCAGUGACGAUCCGUUACCAGAAGACUGAUGGUAGGGCUGGCACCACCAGUUUUAACCACCCCUCUCUGGCGGACGGCAAAGAGCAUCAUGUGAUGAUCCAUGCCAGCGGUCUGCAGAGAGGACCAGGUCGUAUGGCGGUCUACGUAGACUGUAGACUGGCUCACACUGUGGACGAGCUGCCUGCUGCCUUUGGGACGCUAACACCUGGACACAACUUGGUGGCGCUUAGGACCCUGCAGCCAACCGGGCAGGUGAGACACAAGACUAGCAUAGAUACAGAUGAGUAAGAUUUUUUUGUGUUAUCACUCACCAACCUCUUGUCCACCUGUUUCUGUCAGGAUGAGUUGACGGACCUGAAACUGGUGAUAGAGGACACCUUAAAUAACGUUGCUACACUUCAGGACUGCAGCAUGCAGCAGAGCGAGUCUCUGGGUACUAUUCAGCUACUGGGUAAGAACACAGGCCUGUUGUAAAGGCUAUCAGGCUGCCUGAAACAUGUCUUGACUGUUUCUGAUGUCACAUUGUGGGUCUCUGCCAUACUGUACAUUUGACCCACUUGAGACCCGCAUUUCGACAUAAGUUAGCAUAAACCAUCAAGUCAUGUAGUCUGUAUGAUGGAACAUAGAAAUACACUUUAGCUAAACUGUAGCUAAAGAUUGCAUUUCCCACAGGCCUCCAGGCAGGCGGACAGGACCCGUCUCAGAUGUUGGCGCUCAACAAGAUGAUGUCAGAGAUGAAGGACCUGCUCCUCCAACAGGUACAUCUCCUGCCUUACAGUAGAUAUGAUGUUGUACCCUCACCUUUUAAGGCACCACCAUGUAUGUCUUUUUCUCUGUAUCUACAGUAAACUGGUAUUUUCUUUCCCCCUAAAAGAUUAAGGAGACCACAUUCCUUAGAAACACCAUCUCAGAGUGUCUGGCAUGUGGUAAGCUGUUCUCUUAGAUCUAUUACUACUAAUACAAUGCUACUGUUACUGCUUAGGACUAAUGAUUUCUGAUAAUAAUGAAUGACUUACUUAUAUGCAUGCUCUUAUUUUAACUGUCAACUGAAACCUGAUUAAUAAAAUACUGAUGAGACUGAUACUGAUUGAGGAUACUCAAGUUAUGUGCGUUGUUAUACUAUACAUGCGUGUGUCUCUGUCUGUAGGUCUGAGUGGCAACAUGGCGUCAGGCCCAGGUACAGGUGCACGGCCAGGCCCGUCCCAGUGUAGUCCAGGUGUGUGUUUCAAUCAGGACAUGUGUAUCCCGGCCGAGGGAGGACGCUUCACCUGCGCCCCCUGCCCCGACGGAUACACUGGAGACGGAGUUUACUGUGAUGACGUGGACGAGGUAGGGGGGUGUGUGUGUUACUGGGUCAGUUGAACCUUUAACCCCUACUUCCCCAGCGUAUGGUGUGAACACUAACGUGUGUGUGUGCGUGUGUGUUGCAGUGCCAGUUUAACCCCUGCUUCCCCGGUGUGAGGUGUGUGAACACGGCUCCUGGGUUCCGCUGUGAGAGAUGCCCUCUGGGAUACACUGGUCUUGAGAUCAACGGAGUGGGAGUGUCCUACGCACAGUCACACAAACAGGUAACGUAUAGUCACACAAACAGGUACCACACAGUCACAGAAACAGGUACCACACAGUCACACAAACAGGUACCACACAUGCAAAUUGCUUAUAAACAGUAAUAGGCACACGGUAUAGAGUGUGUUAUACUUAAGAGAGCUGCUGUUAUUGUGCCUUGUUACAGUCAGUGGUGUAGUGGAGGGUAUACGCAGGUAUACACCAUAUACCCACUUAUUUUUGUGGGCAUUGCACAUACUCACUUCUUAAUACCCACAAUGACUAUCAGAGUAGUGUAGUGGAGGUAUACGCUGUAUCAAUUAGUAAGGCUGAUGGAACAGAUCAGAAUGCUUAGCUUAAAAUGUUGAUCAAAUAUUAUUUAUUCUCAUUUUAAGUGCAGCAAUGUGCAGAUGGCUACGCGCAAAUGUUCCAAAAUGCAAUUUGCAGGUAAAAAACGGUCUAUAAUGCGCACCACACAUGCGAGCGGUUUCAUGGACAGAGAUUGAAAUAUACGUUUGAAAUUUAGAAAGAGGUUAAAUCUAAAGAUGCAACAACAAUCAUGUGUUGCUAAUAUGAAUAGGAUCAUGCCUUUGGCUGCAAGACAAUGAAAGAAAGUUCAUUUGAAAACCAAUAGAGCAGGAGAGCACAUAUGAGGAAGUCUUUAUAAAAUAAUUGCCUCCACGUUUCUAUGGUGGGAUUUUGGUUAUAGGCUACUUUGAAGCAACGCAAGACAUGCGUCAUAAUAUGAAGUAAAACAUCCAGGUUUCAAACAAUGAAGGAAAAGGAAAGAUAUAGCGAUUCUAAUGACAGGCCUAACUGUCUUCUGGUAGAUGGAAAGGCUUUCUCAAAAACCUUCUCAUUAAAUGUUAACUAACUACAAAGUAGCCUAUGCCUACCUGACAUAAUGGUAUCAUGAUUAUUUGCAUCAAUCCAGUAGCCAUUUGUUUUGCAAACUUGUGCGCUACAGAAACACUGCUAACCAAACAACAGUGCUAUACACUACCGGUCCAAAGUUUUAGAACACCUACUCAUUCAAGGGUUUUUCUUUAUUUUUACUAUUUUCUACAUUGUAGAAUAAUAGUGAAGACAUCAAAAUUAUGAAAUAACACAUAUGGAAUCAUGUAGUAACCAAAAAAGUGUUAAACAAAUCAAAGUAUAUUUUAUAUUUGAGAUUCUUCAAAUAGCCACCCUUUGCCUUGAUGACAGCUUUGCACACUCUUGGCAUUCUCUCAACUAGCUUCACCUGGAAUGUUUUCCAACAGUCUUGAAGGAGUUCCCACAUAUGCUGAGCACUUGUUGGCUGCUUUUCCUUCACGCUGCUGUCCGACUCAUCCCAAACCAUUUCAAUUUGGUUGAGGUCGGGGGAUUGUGGAGGCCAGGUCAUCUGAUGCAGCACUCCAUCACUCUCCUUCUUGGUACAAUAGCCCUUAAACAGCCUGGAGGUGUGUUGGGUCAUUGUCCUGUUGAAAAACAAAUGAUAGUCCCACUAAGCCCAAACCAGAUGGGAUGGCGUAUCCCUGCAGAAUUCUGUGGUAGCCAUGCUGGUUAAGUGUGCCUUGAAUUCUAAAUAAAUCACAGACAGUGUCACCAGCAAAGCACCCCCACAUCAUAACACCUCCUCCUCCAUGCUUUACAGUGAGAACUACACAUGCGGAGAUCAUCCUUUCACCCACACUGCGUCUCACAAAGACACGGCGGUUGGAACCAAAAAUAUCAAAUUUGGACUCCAGACCAUGGGACAAAUUUCCACCGGUCUAAUGUCCAUUGCUCGUGUUUCUUGGCCCAAGCAAGUCUCUUCUUCUUAUUGGUGUCCUUUAGUAGUGGUUCCUUUGCAGCAAUUCGACCAUGAAGGCCUGAUUCACACAGUCUCCUCUGAACAGUUGAUGUUGAGAUGUGUCUGUUACUUGAACUCUGUGAAGCAUUUAUUUGGGCUGCAAUUUCUGAGGCUGGUAACUCUAAUGAACUUAUCCUCUGCUGCAGAGGUAACUCUGGGUCUUCCAUUCCUGUGGCGGUCCUCAUGAGAGCCAGUUUCAUCAUAGCGCUUGAUGGUUUUUGCGACUGCAAGUUCUUGACAUUUUCCGUAUUGACUGACCUUUAUGUCUUAAAGUAAUGAUGGACUGUCGUUUCUCUUUGCUUAUUUGAGCUGUUCUUGCCAUAAUAUGGACUUGGUCCAUCUUCUGUAUACCCCCCCUAACUUGUCACAACACAACUGAUUGGCUCAAACGCAUUAAGAAGGAAAUAAAUUCCACAAAUUAACUUUUAAGAAGGCACACCUGUUAAUUGAAAUGCAUUCCAGGUGACUACCUCAUGAAGCUGGUUGAGAGAAUGCCAGGAGUGUGCAAAGCUGCCAUCAAGGCAAAUGGUGGCUAUUUGAAGAAUCUUAAAUAUAUUUGGACUUUUUUGGUUAAUACAUGAUUCCAUAUGUGUUAUUUCAUAGUUUUGAUGUCUUCACUAUUGUUCUACAAUGUAGAAAAUAGUAAAAAUAAAGAAAAACCCUUGAAUGAGUAGGUGUUCUAAAACCUUUGACCCGUAGUGUACACUCAAAAAUAAAAAUGUCUUAGAUUUUUCCCAAACCUCAAAAGUGGUCUCCUGAUGUGGUUUAAGCAUUGUUGUGGACUUAAAACUUCAAAUGUUGUUGUUUAAAAAAAAAAAAGAGCGAAAACCCCUCCAAAAAGGGAAAAUCAGAAACCUGUGAAUUUCUGACACAGUUGACAGCUUCAUUGAUCAAUUUCAACAGUAGGCCAACUUGCACAGUACAGCUUGGGUUGGCCUGACUGUGAAAGACCAAUAAGGAUUGAUCAUUUUAGGUAAUUCAGAGUGUAUGUCACUGUUUGUCAUAGAACUUUUCACACAGGGCGCCUUUCCUUUGUCGGGCGGGCCCUUUGGGAAUUUCUACCCACUUCUCCAAGCAAAUUUUUACCCACUUCUCCAAGCACCACUACACCACUGGUUACAGUGUGUGUGUGUGUGUGUGUGUGUGUGUGUGUGUGUAUUCCUCUCCAUGUGUGUCUGUAGGUGUGUGACGACAUAGAUGAAUGCCAGGGUCCUCCUGACAAUGGAGGCUGCACCGCCAACUCUCACUGCCACAACACCAGGGUAAGAGUCACAGCAGCUUGAAUAUUCCCAUUUAAGCCUGUUGAUAGUAGGCCUGAGUUGAAGCCUGGGCCUGUAUUUGUUGUCUCUCCCAGGGUUCAUUCCGCUGUGGGGAGUGUAAGAGUGGCUUCUCUGGGGACCAGGUGAGGGGCUGCAGGGGGGAGAGGCUCUGUGGGAACGGCCAGCCCAACCCCUGUGACAACAAUGCACAGUGUGUAGUGGAGAGAGACGGGAGCAUCAGCUGCCAGGUGAGAACACACACGUGACAUUAAUGUGCAGUCAAUCUAAAAUCUAAUCCAAAACCUUUCCUCUUCCGCCCAUCAGUGUGACAUAGGGUGGGCAGGUAACGGCUAUGUGUGUGGGAAGGACACAGACAUAGAUGCUUAUCCUGACGACAAGCUGAGGUGCAGGGACAACAGCUGUAAGAAGGUAAAAUCCAGGUCAUCUACUUCUCUACCUCUCCCUCUCCUUCUACCUCUCCCUCUCUCUCACCCUCUCCCUCUCCCCCUUAGUAAGGCAGCCUCCAUGUUUGUUUCCAGGACAACUGUGUGUUUGUUCCUAACUCUGGCCAAGAGGACGCAGACAGGGACGGGCUUGGGGACGCCUGUGAUGAUGACGCUGAUAGUGACGGCAUCGUUAACAUAGAGGUACACAACGUAUAGUAUAUUCACAAGCAGGUAGGAUACACCUUUAACACGUGCAGUAACCCUGUCUCUGUGUAACUCAGGAUAACUGUUGGCUGCAUCCUAACGUGGACCAGAAGAACAGCGAUAAGGAUCUCCAUGGCGAUGCGUGUGACAACUGCUUGACGACGGAAAACCCUGAUCAGCGGGACACAGACAAGGACGGGCUAGGCGAUGACUGUGACGAUGACAUGGAUGGAGACGGUGUGUGUGUGUGCGUGCUUUGACAUGCCUUCCCCAGGCUUUGGUCAUUAGAGAGUUGGAGACAGAAGGAAAGUGUACCACAGCUAGUGAUUUAUUUUAAGGUAGUGACUGUAGCAGUACUUUGUCACAUUAAGACGUCUUUAUCCAUGACGUUAAGAUCUAUUUUCCAAAACCACAAUUAGUCUGAGGUCAGUUUAGCUGUCUGGUUUAAAACAGCAUGUCUCCUGUCUCUAGCGGUUCCAGACUUGAUCAUUGUCUUCAACAGAGCGGAACCAUAUCUGUUGAAUCCAUUCACAUCCUCUGUCUGUAUCAGUCUGUCUUCCAUCAAAGUAUUUUAUUGAUUAAUUUUUUAUUAUUUUUUUUGUCAUUUAUCAGACGCUCUUAUCCAGAGCGACUUACAGUUAGUGAGUGCAUAAUCUUUUAUUAUUAUUAUUAUUUUAUUUUUUUCAUACUGGCCCCUGUGGGAAGUCUUCUACCUAUUAGCUCAUCUCUUUACAGGGAAAACAGGAGCUGGGGUAGGGUUCAGCCUCAUAAAGUUCAAAACACUAGUAAAACAUUGGUUUAAAUGAGUUCCCAUUUCUGAUUAUAAUUGAUCCAUUUGGAAUCGUAGCUGUUGUUUUAUAAAAAGCUCUGAUUCUGAAUGAUGUGCUCUUUAGCUACUAGAUUACCCUUUAAAAAAACCUCUCAUUUGUUCCAUUGGCAGAUGCAGUGAAAGUGUACCCCGGUUUAUUGUGUGUGUGUGUGCGUGUGUGUGUGUGUGCGUUUGAUGUUUCCUGUCUGUGCACUGGGGCAGGUCUCCAACCCCUUGAUCGUUUGGUCAUGUCUCCCCCUCUAACACUGAGCGCUUGGUCAUGUCUGUCUCCUCUGAUUUUUUUUUCUCCCAUUCCAUUAUAAACCCUGCCAGCAGCUGAGAGCCAGUGGAAACUAUUCACCUCUGCCCUAAACAAACACUGUCAUCUGGAGCCCGAGGAAACUAACACUCAGACUAGAAAAAGAACUGUGUCUGUGUUUUCAUCUGUGUGUGUGUUUUGUGGGCAGGCCUGAAGAACAUUCUGGAUAACUGCCAGCGUGUGCCCAACCCAGACCAGAGGGACCGAGACAACGAUGGGGUGGGAGACGCCUGUGACAGCUGUCCUGACAUGGUCAACCCCAACCAGGUAACCGUAAAACAACAACAACACAACCACAACAUAACCAUAGCACAACUACAACACAACCACAACACAACCAUAGCACAUCACAACUACAGCACUGCACUGCACAACACAACCACAACACAUCCACAGCCACAACACAACUAUAGCACCACCACCCACAGGUCAAAUAUCCUACCAAAUAUCAAACCUUUACCCCAACCCCAGACAGAAACCCACUGUUAAUGUAGCCAGUAGCCAGUAACAGGGUAGUGCAGCCUCAUGAGAAUAUUGAAUAAUAUUUAUGUUUCUUCUCCCACAGUCAGAUGUUGAUGAUGAUCUUGUAGGAGACACAUGUGACACCAACAUAGACAGGUAGAGCCUUCUAUAAACACAUCCUCACCUUUAGAAGUGAUACUUACUGAUAGUGAGUGUACUGGGUUGACUUUGACUCUCCUCUCUAUCAGUGAUGGAGAUGGUCACCAGAACACUAAGGACAACUGUCCUACAGUCAUCAACUCCUCCCAGCUGGACACAGAUAAGGACGGACAGGGAGACGAGUGUGACGAUGACGAUGACAACGAUGGUAUCCUGGACCAAGCAGACAACUGCAGACUGGUGGUCAACCCUGACCAGACAGAUGAGGACAGUCAGUCACAACACUGAUCCUCUUCCUUCCUGCUGUAUUAUAGCAAUGGUCUCUCUAGUCUAGUUGUUCUUCAGUGUGUGUGUGUGUGUGUGUGUGUGUGUGUGUGUGUGUGUGUGUGUGUGUGUGUGUGUGUGUGUGUGUGUGUGUGUGUGUGUGUGUAUGUCACAAAGAAUUAGCUGGCUCAAUGAUGGAUUAAUGUACAGUACACUAAUCCGGCAUGUACACUACCGGUCAAAAGUUUUAGAACACCUACUCAUUCAAGGAUUUUUCUUUAUUUUUUACUAUUUUCUACAUUGUAAAAUAAUAGUGAAGACAUCAAAACUAUGAAAUAACACAUAUGGAAAAUCAUGUAGUACCCAAAAAAGUAUUAAACAAAUCAAAAUAUAUUUUAUAUUUGAGAUUCUUCAAAUAGCCACCCUUUGCCUUGAUGACAGCUUUGCACACUCUUGGCAUUCUCUCAACUAGCUUCACCUGGAAUGUUUUCCAACAGUCUUGAAGGAGUACCCACGUAUGCUGAGCACUUGUUGGCUGCUUUUCCUUCACUCUGUGGUCCGACUCAUCCCAAACCAUCUCAAUUUGGUUGAGGUCGGGGGAUUGUGGAGGCCAGGUCAUCUGAUGCAGCACUCCAUCACUCUCCUUCUUGGUAAAAUAGCUCUUACACAGCCUGGAGGUGUGUUGGGUCAUCGUCCUGUUGAAAAACAAAUGAUAGUCCCACUAAGCCCAAACCAGAUGGGAUGGCGUAUCGCUGCAGAAUGCUGUGGUAGCCAUGCUGGUUAAGUGUGCCUUGAAUUCUAAAUAAAUCACAGACAGUGUCACCAGCAAAGCACCCCCACACCAUAACACCUUCUCCUCCAUGCUUUACGGUGGGAAAUAUACAUGCGGAGAUAAUCCGCUCACCCACACUGCGUCUCACAAAGACAAGGCGGUUGGAACCAAAAAUCUCAAAUUUGGACUCCAGACCAAAGGACACAUUUCCACCGGUCUAAUGUCCAUUGCUCGUGUUUCUUGGCCCAAGCAAGUCUCGUCUUCUUAUUGGUGUCCUUUACUAGUGGUUUCUUUGCAGCAAUUCGACCAUGAAGGCCUGAUUCACACACUCCUCUUCCAUUCCUGUGGCGGUGCUCAUGAGAGCCAGUUUCAUCAUAGCGCUUGAUGGUUUUUGCAACUGCACUUGAAGAAACUUUCAAAGUUCUUGAAAUGUUCCGUAUUGGCUAACCUUCAUGUCUUAAAGUAAUGAUGGACUGUCGUUUCUCUUUGCUUAUUUGAGCUGUUCUUGCCAUAAUAUGGACUUGGUAUUUUACCAAAUAGAGCUAUCUUCUGUAUACCCCCCCACCUUGUCACAACACAACUGAUUGGCUCAAACGCAUUAAGAAGGAAAGAAAUGCCACAAAUUAACUUUUAAGAAGGCACACCUGUUAAUUGAAAUACAUUCCAGGUGACUACCUCAUGAAGCUGGUUGAGAUAAUGCCAAGAGUGUGCAAAGCUGUCAUCAAGGCAAAGGGUGGCUAUUUGAAGAAUCUCAAAUCUCAAAUAUAUUUUGAUUUGUUUAGCACAUUUUUGGUUACUACAUGAUUCCAUAUGUGUUAUUUCAUAGUUUUGAUGUCUUCACUAUUAUUCUACAAUAAGAAAGAAAGAAAGAAAAACCCUUGACCGCUAGUGUAUGUGUGGUGUGUGUGUGUGUUCCAGAUGAUGGUGUGGGUGAUGCGUGUGCAGGGGACUUUGACCAGGACAAGGUGAUUGACAGGAUAGACAACUGUCCAGAGAACGCUGAGGUCACCCUGACUGACUUCAGAGCCUAUCAGACGGUAGUACUGGACCCUGAGGGUGACGCCCAGAUUGAUCCCAACUGGGUGGUUCUCAACCAGGUGACCUUAUCGUCUUAUGACAUUUUAGUCAUCUAGCAGAUAUUGAGUAACGAUAACAGUUGUAGAAUCAAAGAGUAUGCAAAAUAAGAGCAUAAAGUAAACCAUUCGUUCCUUGAUUGAGUUAUUUGAUUAAUUUUGAUCAAUGCUGUGUAGGUAGUGGAGUUUUCAGUAGUAUGCCAUCUGUAGUAUCAUAACUCUCUCUCUCUCCCCAGGGUAUGGAGAUAGUCCAGACUAUGAACUCUGACCCUGGCCUCGCUGUAGGUAUGACAACUGUCAGUUUCCAUUUGACAGGCAGAUGUCCACCCUCUCUCUGCCACCUGUGCUGUCUGUGUAGGCCCCACAUUGUUCAGUGUGUGUGUAUGUAAUAAGCCUGUGUGUGUGUGUGUGUGUGUGUGUGUGUGUGUGUGUGUGUGUGUGUGUGUGGGUGUGUGUGUGUGUGUGUGUGUGUGUGUGUGUGUGUGUGUGUGUGUGUGUGUGUGUGUGUGUGUGUGUGUGUGUGUGUGUGUGUGUGUGUGUGUGUAGGCUACACAGCGUUCAGUGGGGUGGACUUUGAGGGGACGUUCCAUGUCAACACGGUGACUGAUGAUGACUACGCAGGCUUCAUCUUCGGCUACCAGGACUCCUCCUCCUUCUACGUGGUCAUGUGGAAACAGACUGAGCAGACCUACUGGCAGGCUGUACCCUUCAGAGCUGUGGCUGAGCCUGGCAUACAGCUCAAGGUAAAAAUACAAAUAAAUAGUCACAUACGCCAGAUAGGUGCAGUGUUGUUUUACAGGGUCAGUCAUAGUAGUACAGUGCCCCUGGAGCUAAUUAGGGUUAAGUGCCUUGCUCAAUCGCACAUUGACAGAUUUUUCACUUUGUCAACUCGGGUAUUUGAACCAGCAACCUUUCAGUUACUGGCUCUAAUGGCUAGGCUACCUGCUGCCAUAUAGGUCUAGGGUAGCUAUAGGGGUGUGUGUGCGUGUGUGCAAGCUCCCAUGUGUUUUACAUAGUGAUCAAUCUCAAAAGGCUUCUGACCUUUCUUUGUUACCUUAUCCUACCUCUUCCUCCCUCCUUCAGGCAGUGAAGUCUAAGACAGGUCCAGGGGAGUAUCUGAGGAACUCCCUGUGGCAUACAGGAGACACCAAUGACCAGGUACGUCUGCUGUGGAAGGACAAGAGGAACGUGGGCUGGAAGGACAAGGUGUCCUACCGCUGGUACCUACAGCACAGACCACAGGUUGGAUACAUCAGGUGAGAAACACACAACCACCCACCCACACAAACGCGCACACACCCACACACACUAUAGUCUCGAAAACUCAACCCUAGGCAACACAGUGACUAGGGUCUGGUUUCAAUGAUGGACUCUUUUGUCAUACAGGAACUACGUCACUGGCUAUGUCGAUAAGAAAAAAAAAGAGGAACGUUUACAGGCAAAAAAUCUUUGCUGUGGUUUUAGUUAACGUAGCCACUUGCGAAAUGCACUCGUUAAAAAUAACCUCCAUGAUCUCUAUCUUUCUAGUUAUUAUUUUGUAUUUUAUUAAAGCAGAUAAAGUAGUGAUGUAGCCAGUGACGUAGUUCCUCUAUGCCAAGAGUCCAUCAUUGAAACUAGACCCUAGUCACUGUGUUGCCUAGGGUCGGGCUUCGAGACUACACACUCUAACACACACACACCCACACAAACGCUCUGAACCAUGUGUGUGUGUUGUGUUCAGGGCGCGUUUCUAUGAGGGUCCUAACCUGGUAGCAGACUCUGGGGUGAAGAUAGACACCAGUAUGCGAGGAGGGAGACUGGGCGUCUUCUGUUUCUCCCAGGAAAACAUAAUCUGGUCCAACCUCAAGUACCGCUGCAACGGUGAGUGACAGCCCACUCAGCCAACUAGCAGACAGAUACAGAGACUAGCCCCGGUCACAGCACUCCGAUAGGAUAGAAGCUGUCUAAGUAUUGUCAUUGAAACAGGAUGUUUAAGUCAACACCUCUCUGUUCUGUUUGUCCCUCUACAGACACCAUCCCUGAAGAUUACCAAGAGUACAGUGCCCAGAACACUGAAUAA